CACUGAUAGGCGGCACUAAUAGGUGGCACUGAAUGGCAUUGAUAGGUGACACUGACAGGCAGCUCAGAUGGGCACUGAUAUGUGGCAUUGAUGUGCACUGGUAGGCACUGAUAUGUGGCAUUGUGGCAUGUGGCACUGUCAGGUGGCAUUGAUGAGCACUGACAGCUGGCAUUGAUGGACACUGACAGGUGGCACUGCUGGGGCUACACUGAUCAUCAGGGCACACUGAUCAUCAGUGCCCUGAUGAUCACUGUCAGUGUGACAGCUCGUGAGGAGAGAAAUACUGAUAACCGGUAUUUCCCUAUUUACAUACGAUCAGCUGUGAUUGGA